GCCGCUUCAAAUGCGAAGCCCGUCCCAACCACCGCUCUCAUUUUCCCCCACCUCGGCUCCUGCACCUUCCAGUUCCUCCACAAUUCCCUUAUCUUCCGACACCUUCUCGUCAUCACAUGGCUCUGCGCUUCUCCGAUCGAUUCGAUGCCCUCUGCCCUUCUCUGAUCUCCAAUCUCUCCUCCCAGCUCUUCUCCAUCGCUUCCGGUUCCCUCCUCUGUAGCCCUAGAUUGUCCCCCGCCUUCUCAUUUCGGAUCCAUCGCGCCAAACCCUGGUACUGAUGUCCCUUAGCUCUCUCCAUGGGAAAGAGCAACCGACGCAAGGCUGGUGCUGAUCAGUUUGACAGCAGUGAUGCUGAUAGCGUGAGUUCUACUUCGACGGCUUUGUCUGAGCUAACGCUGGCGAACGAGACCGAGCAUGUGAACUCUUUGGAGUUCGUUCUAGACAAGUACAUCGAUGCUCUCUAUGAAAAGAGAGGAUCUACGAGAGAGACAGCUUUGUUGGGGCUUCUCGAUGCCUUUGAAGGUCAUGUGCUUCUUACAUAUGUGGAAAACAAAUGUAUUACUCUAUUGCAACAAUACAUCAAUUCAAUCAAAAAGGGUUCUACUAAGGAGAUUUGCUUAGCUUCUCGGGCCAUUGGAUUGCUGGCCAUUACUGCUGGUGCUGGAAGCAAUGCACAUGAAAUAAUGGAAGAGUCAGUGCCGCAACUCUCUCGAGCCCUUAAACGUGGAUCUGAUGCAUGCAAGAUAUCCGUCCUGGAUUGCUUAGCUGUCAUCUCCUUUGUUGGUGCAAAUGAUUUAGCUGAAACUGAAACAUCUUUGAAAAUCAUGUGGGAAGUGAUUCGUCCAAAAUCAGUCUCCAAUGUUGGGCCUUCGAAAAGACCUAGUUCUGCUGUAUUAGCAGCAGCCAUAUCUACAUGGUCGUUUCUUCUGACAACCAUCAGUAGCUGGAGAAUUAAUCCUGAUACUUGGAAGGAGUCAAUUUCAUUCCUUUCUACUCUAUUGGAAGUGGAUGAUCGUUCUGUUCGUAUUGCUGCUGGUGAAGCAAUAGCCCUUUUUUUCGAGUUAGGGAUACUGGACAUGUCCUAUAGUGAGGAGAGUGAUGUUGUGAAUUUUAAUAAUGAGGUCAAGCGCCGUACAGUUACAUAUAUGCAAUCAAUGAAGGCAAAAAUAUCAGGUCAAAUUUAUAACCUUUCUAUGGAGGCAGGGGGUAAAGGCGCUGACAAGAAAAAUCUUAACGAUCAGCGAGACUUGUUUCAGAAAAUUUGGGAUUUUGUUCAGGUGGGUGAGCGUCCAGAAGUAUCAUUGAGGAUUUCAAGUAAGCGUAACAUUCUGAGAACUUCAACAUGGAGCCAAUUAAUACAGUUGAACUUCUUGAAGCGUUACCUUGGAAGAGGUUUUCUCAAGCAUGCACAGGAAAACGAACUGCUUCAUGAUGUUUUUGAAUAUACGGUAGAUAAAACAGAAAGUCUAUCAGCGAAGGAGAAGAAAAUUUCAAGGUCAGGGGAUGAAAAAGGACGGACUCAGAAGUUGAACAAGGACCGCAGGAUGGCUCAGGCAAGGAAGCAGGGUCACCUAAUUGCUCAAGAUGCGUAAAGAUUGCAUGAUUGUUUCAAGACUAGAAGAUGGGUUUAUUCUGAAGGUGGCCUUGCUCCACCAACCCUUUUCCCAAUCGUCGGAACCCAGUCUGCAGUCACUGCACGAUUGUUGGUUAACUGAUUUAUCUCCUUAUAGAAUCUGGACAUGUUUAUUUGAAAGAAUUAUAUACUCUCCAUGUAUCUCCUUGCUUAUCAAGCCCUUCUAUGGCAAAGGCUUGUAGAUGCUACAGAACUAAAGCUGGUUGGCUCAACCGGCUAGGAUUAUAUGAGCAACCUGUUGGCUAGUGGAGUACUCUUCCCAUUUGUAAAAGGAGCCAACUCACAUCCUAAUAAAUCUUGCAUAAUUUUUCUGUUUA